AUGCCGAUGCAAGUUGAAACUGUCCAAGGGUGCAAAGAGCCAUCAGGCUCUGAGUCAAGGUUGGAGGGUGGGGCCAGCGUGGCGAAGGUGGGGAUGGAGCUCUGCUACCGUGUUGAGUUCGUCCUUCUGCUGGAGGGGUCCCUAGCCACCAAGGCUGUGAUGAAGGACGAAGAUGAGUGGAAAGAAUUUGAGCAAAAAGAGGUUGAUUACAGGGGACUUCAAGUUCAGACAAUUCAAAUAAGUGAAAAGGAAGAAGAUGAUAAUAAAAAGAGAGAAGAUUCAGGUGAUAACUGGGAAGAAGGUGGAGGUGGUGGUGGCAGUGGUGUAGAAAAAUCUUCAGGUCCCUGGAAUAAGACAGCUCUGGUACAAGCACCUUCUGCUCCAGUAACCGUUACAGAAACCCCAGAACUGGUGAUGACUAGCAGUGUGUAUCGGCCUCCUGGGGCCAGGUUAACUACAACAAGGAAAACACCAGAAAUGUACAGCAAUACACAGUUCCCAUCCCUGCAGUCCACUGCCAAGCAUGUAGGAACCUGGAAAUACCGAGCCCUCGUAAGGGUUGACUACCUCAGAUUUGCUGCACUCAUUGUGGACUUCAUGUGGAUUCCAUCUUCUGGAUAA